UAUUGGUCACUUUGGAUUUCCCUAGCCAUAGCCGGCCUGAUUUGUCUCAUCCUCGUUGCGUCCGGUGUCUGUUGGCUGCAACGUGAGACCAAACCGGAGAUUCGUCGUGUCAUUCACAUUUCACAUCCAAAUGAUGAUGCUCAGUGGCCCGAAUCUUCUUGUCCCAAUAGUACCCAAUCGGCUUGGACCUCUUUGGUUUCCCGGUCGUUCGCAGUCAGCUCCGGUUAUAAGGAAACACUAUCGUGGCUCACACGGACCACAGCGGAUUCGGACGCCGAAAAGCCGGUCCUGGAACCUGCAGUCAAAUUUGAGACUGUUUGUUUGAACGGUUCGUUUCGUACACGCUUGAAAACGGCAUUGAGUCGUCGCAUCGCCCGCGCAACAAACAGACCCAGGAUGGGCAAAUAUGUGACCGCUCCGGAUGGCAUUUCCAAGGAAGAUUUGGCCACCAGCGAAUUGCUUCAAUCAAACAAAGAUUCCAAACUACACCAUUCGUUGGUUAGUGUAAACAGCCGUUUCAUGAAUUUCUAUUGCCUCGAAGCACCGGAUCCCGGUUAUGAACUUCCCCGGGAAAAUCUCCGUAUUGGCUCUUUCCUGGGUGGUGGGGCGUUCGGGAUGGUGUAUAGUGGUUUGGCAAAAGAUCUUCCUGGCCAGCUACCGGGAUCGCAGUCGGUUGCUGUGAAAACACUACGAGACAAUUUUGCAGAAAACGAUGUAAUAGAUUUGUUAAAGGAAAUGGACAUCAUGAAACAGCUACAAUACAACAAACACGUGAUCCAACUUCUGGCAGUUUGCACACAAAAAGGUUAA